AUGAAGAAGUUCUUUGAGGAACUGCCCGAGUUGACGGGCUCCCAUCCUAACAAUGCUGCUGGCUGGGUGGGACCAUUUCCAGACCCUUUUCAAAACUCCAGAUUGGGUCUGACGGACGCGUUAAAUGCCCUCAUGAGGCGCAGGAUGGCCGGGUGGGACCCAACCUUUGACAUUAGGGCCCGUCCGGAGCAGAGGGGCCCGUUGCUGAUCCUCCAGGGCCGAUCCUCCAGCCAGGACCCUUUUGACCUCUUCUUCAGCACUGCUGACCCUGGGAUGGGCCCUAGACGGGCUGAUCUCGCGGAGUUCUUUGCGGGCCACCAUGGGCUGCAUGAGCUGAUUGAGAGGCUGGCCGUAAAUGACCGGCGUGGCCCUCCCCCAGCCCCCCGCUCGGCGAUUGAAGCCAUGCCGACUAUAAAGAUCACGCAGAGGCAUCUCAAUACGGACGCGCAUUGUCCCGUGUGUCAGGACAAGUUCGAGCUUGGGUCGAAGGCACGGCAGAUGCCCUGCGACCAUAUUUACCAUUCUGACUGCAUUGUCCCUUGGCUCGUUGAGCACAACUCGUGCCCCGUUUGUCGUGUGGAGCUUCCUUCGCAUAAUGGGCGUUCUCGGCCUAACUCGGGUGGUGGUGGUGGUGGGCCCAGCAGCAGGAGAGAGAGCAAUGCUGGCUCUCAGGGGCGUUGGAACCCCUUCUCCUUCUUGUGGCCUUCAAAUUCGGGCCAAAAUAACAGUUAUAGUAAUAAUAAUGAUAAUGAGCACCGUGGUUCACAGAAUAAUGGAGGGAGUAGCUCGGCAGGUGAGGAGAAUAGCCGGAUGAGGUGGCCUUUUGAUUAUUGA